AUGAAACCAUUAUCUGAAGGACAACUAAGGUUUUGUGUUGUUCAACCAAUACAUCUCACAUCAUGGCUGCCCAUAUUUUUCAUUCUGAAGUCUAUCUCUUCCCUAAAACCUGCCCAACUUCCAAUUUAUCAAAGGAAACCUUUUAUAGCUGCCUGGAAUGCUCCAACAGAUCAGUGCUUGAUAAAAUAUAAUUUAAGACUAAAUUUGAAAAUGUUUCAGGUGAUUGGAAGUCCACUGGCCAGGGCCAGGGGGCAAAAUGUCACUAUAUUUUAUGUCAACAGACUGGGAUACUAUCCAUGGUAUACAUCCCAGGGAGUUCCCAUUAAUGGGGGUCUCCCCCAGAACAUAAGUUUGCAGGUACAUCUGGAAAAAGCUGACCAAGAUAUUAAUUAUUACAUCCCUUCUGAAGAUUUCAGUGGACUUGCCGUUAUAGACUGGGAAUAUUGGCGACCCCAGUGGGCCAGGAACUGGAACACAAAAGAUGUCUACAGACAGAAAUCAAGAAAGCUUAUUUCUGAGAUGCAAGAGAAUGUAUCAGCUGCUGAUAUUGAAUAUUUAGCCAAAGCUACCUUUGAAGAACGUGCAAAAGCUUUUAUGAAGGAAACCAUCGAACUGGGAAUUAAGAGCAGACCCAAGGGCCUUUGGGGUUACUAUUUAUAUCCUGAUUGCCACAAUUAUAAUGUUUAUGCCCCAAACUAUACUGGGUCAUGCCCAGAAGAAGAAGUUUUGAGGAACAAUGAGCUCUCUUGGCUCUGGAACAGCAGUGCUGCUUUAUAUCCUUCUAUCGGUGUCAGGAAAUCUCUUGGAGACAGCAAAAACAUUUUGCGUUUCUCGCAAUUUCGGGUGCAUGAAUCCUUGAGGAUCUCCACCAUGACAUCCCAUGAUUAUGCUCUGCCUGUGUUCGUCUACACAAGGUUAGGCUACACAGACCAACCUUUAUUUUUUCUUUCUAAGCAAGAUCUAAUCAGUACUAUUGGAGAAAGUGCUGCCUUGGGAGCUGCAGGCAUCGUUAUCUGGGGAGACAUGAAUUUGACUUCAUCUGAGGGCAACUGUACAAAGGUGAAGCAGUUUGUGAGUUCUGAUUUAGGGAGCUACAUAGUCAACGUGACCAGAGCCGCUGAGGUGUGCAGCUCUCAUCUCUGCAGGAAUAAUGGGAGAUGCGUAAGGAAGGUGUGGAAAACGCCCGAUUACCUUCACUUGAACCCUGCAAGUUACCACAUAGAGGCCUCCGAGGAUGGAGAAUUUACUGUGAAAGGCAAAGCAUCUGAUACAGACCUGGCGGUGCUGGCGAAGAGAUUCUCCUGUCAUUGUUAUCAGGGAUACGAAGGGGCUGAUUGCAGAGAAAUGAGGAUGGCUGACGGCUGCUCUGCGGUUUCCUCUUUUUCUGGCUUCCUAAUCACAUUGUGUCUGCUGGUUUCCGCAGGUUAUCAGAGCAUUCAGUUGUGA